UAACAACAAAAACUUUACCAAGAGCAAAUGAAGUUUAGUUUAACUUCUAAGUGCCACUAUCCAGAUCUCUCUCUUUCUAGCACUUGAUCUCCUUCAAGGCAUGAGGGAUGUACAAAAAUGCAGGGUUGGCAGCACCAUCCUUGUAGUAAGCAAACACAAAGGUGGCGUCAUCCUUAUGUGAAUUAUAUUAUUAAUGUACCAAUAUGUAAUUAUCCCUUGUAGGAUACGGCUGGGUUAGGUUGGCAAAUCUAUAUAUACUCAUGUAACAUAUGAAGAAGAGUAUCAAGUAAUAAGAAAAAUCCUACAACCUAUGAGGGAGAUCCUCACCGUGGACUAGUGUCACAGUGACGAAACCAUGUUGAAAAAUCUUGGUGUUCUUUAUUUUUCAGUAAUCUAUGAGAUGGUAUCAGAGCCUGUGAUAUGAGGUUCCGUAAUUUUCCUUUUUCAACAUUCUUCGUUCGGCUGGGUUUUUCUGGUGCGUGACUUGAUUUUGUGCUAGGGUUUGUUCAGUGCCUCUAUUUUCUCUUCAGGGCUUCUUCCUUCGCGUGCCUAGCUGAUUUUUGGUUCUCGUUUGGUGCUUCUUUUUGGUGCCCAUGCUCCACCUUCUUUCCAACGGGUUCUUUAUUCAGCAUUCUCUUCAGGUAGCCUGUCUUCUUUUGGCGCUUUCUUUCCAUUGGUUUAUUCUUCCAUUUGGCGAUUUUCUCUAUUAUCGUACGUGGUUUUUGUCCUUAUUCAUGUGAUGUCCUACCUGUCUCGUACUCCCUUGUGGGUUAUUGUUUCCUUUUGUGUUUCUUUUGCUAGACAAAAUGGAUUCAGAGAAGACAAAUGUUGUUUCUGCUAAGCUUGAUGGGAAGAAUUUUCCUAUUUUGAAAUUCCAAUUUCAGAGCUAUGUUUCAGAUCGUAGGCUUCUUAUCAUUUUGCUUGGCCAAUCUCUCCUGGCCACUACCAUAAAUCCGGAAAAGGACCAAGAUGACUGGGCUGCUAGUAAUGCCCAACUUGUUUCUUGGCUCUUGGGCUUAGUGGAUGUCGCUACUUGUCUUAGCCUUCAUCACUUUGCCUUUGAUCAUGAGAUGUGGGCGCAUAUUGGUUGUCUUCAUUCACAGAAUAAUGCUUCUCGCUAGGUUGAGCUUGAUAAAGAACUUUCUCUCUUUCAUCAAAGUGACAUGGAAGUUCGUUCUUAUUAUCAGCACUUUAUCACCCUUUGGUCUGAGCAAGAUAAGCUUGCUAUGUGAUUUGCUUCCGAGGCUCCUACUGCUGCCAUUCUUUGGGAUAGGAAUCGUUCUUGUCUUAUGCAGUUUCUUAUGAAGUUACGUCAUGAGCUUGAGGCCAUUAGAGCCUCCCUUCUUCAUCGUAAUGUGGAUACUUAUUGAUGCUGCUCUUGACAAGUUAAUUUGGGAAGAGACACGUCUCUGCAGUCUUUCCAAGCUUGAUCAUUCUUCUGAUGUUGCCUUUUCUGUUGGCCGCUCAGUGUCCACUCGUCCUCAAUUUCACCAGGAAAAAAAGUAUGAGUCAUCUAACAUGCCAUUAAUGUAAGGAGGUGGAUCAUAUUUAGCCUCCCUACAAGAAACAAACAUUUGCAGCUACUGUAAGCAGCCUGGGCAUAUUAUCUUUGACCGCAAGUCUGUGGUACGUCAGAACAAGCCUUCCUCUUCUUUUGGACCUCGACUCCUGCUGCUGGUUCACAACCUGGUCUGCCCUCCUCCGGCUUUACUUCUAUAGAGGUGUGUUGUCUAGUUGCGAAAGCUUUAUAGGAGGCUUUUCCUCGUUCUCUUAACUUCGCUUUUUGCUACAGGUGGGGUGAAAGGUACUGGUUUUCUUUGGUUACUUGAUUAUGCUGCAUUCAAUCAUAUGUCUAAUAAUCCUUCUCAUUUCGUGACUUUGAAUUCCGGGUUAAAGUCGUCUUUACAAGUGGCUAAUGGGGCUAAGCUUCCUACUGAUGGUAUUGUCACGGUUUCUACUGGGAAUAUUUGUCUUCCCAAUACAUUAUUAGUUCCUAACUUCGUCCGACAGCUUGUUUCGGUUGGUCAGUUUAUAGAUGAAGGAUGUGAGGUUAAGUUCGAUAAUAGGGUUGUAUUGUGUAGGAUCCUAUAAUGGGGAAGGUACUUGGCAAGGGUAGAAAGGAUGUUCGUGUCUUUGUUCUUCAAGAAUAUGGAGGAUCCAACUCGGUUUUGCAGGAGCAUUUGUGUUUUCCAGUGGACCAAGAUGCGGCUAGCUGCUCCUCUUCUGGCUUUAAUGUAGAGGAAUUUUUUUUGUGAUACUCAGUUUAUUUUUCAUGAAGAAUUAUGUUUGAAUUCUCCUGUUGAUUCUUGUGAUUCAUUGGCCUAUUCUGUUCGACCUCAAGAAAAUUUGGAUUUUAAU